AUGUCUAAAUUUAAUGCCAUAUAUGCCUCAAGGAAGGAAAUCGACAGCAAUUUCCUCAGAGUUAAAGGUACAAUAGGCGCUAUCGAUGGUACCCAUAUAGCAAUUUGGCCACCAAAUAAAGAGCGGGAGCAUUUGUAUAUAAAUCGAAAGUUAUAUCACUCAUUAAAUGUUUUGAUAGUUAGUGAUUUUAAUGGAAAGAUACUAUUCGUAAAUAGUGGACAUGGAGGAAGAACUCACGAUGCACGUGUCUGGAAUGGUUCUAUCCUUUCAGUGCAUUUAGAACAAUUUCAGGAUGGACGAAUAAAUACUUGGCUAUUAGGAGAUUCCGGAUAUUCUUUGCUGCCAUACUUAUUAACGCCAAAACUAAGGCAACCAGAAGGAUCACCUUCAGCUCGUUAUACUAAUUCUCAUGUAGUUGCUCGGUCAAGUAUAGAACGAACUAUUGGAAUGUUAAAAGGACAGUGGAGGUGCCUAAGAAAAGAGAGAGCAUUGCAUUAUUCUCCAGAAUUUUCUGCUCUUAUUGUUAACUCUUGCUGCGUUCUUUAUAAUAUGGCGAAAUUUUAUAAUGUGCCACAGCCUGAAAUAUAUUAUGACGAAUUAGAUACAGAGGACAGAAAUAUCGCAAUGAAUGGUAUAAGAAUUGAAAAUGGUAAUGAAGUACGAGAACGUGUCAUUCAACAGUAUUUUAAUUAA